AGAGAGAGAGUGUGUGUGAUGGAAAAAAGAGAGAAAAAGAGAGUGUGUGUGUCAUAAACCAGUGCUACAGUCAUCUCUGUAAAAGAACCAGAGCAUUAGGACAUGGCAGUGCCAUUACCUCCAUGUGUCAUCGAUUAUGGGACUGGCUAUACGAAGAUCGGCUAUGCCGGAAAUACCGAGCCGCAGUUCAUUAUGCCAUCCUGCAUCGCAGUCAGAGAGACAGCAGGCGUUGGAGACCAGGCUCAGAGACGCCUCAUGAAGGGAGUGGACGAUCUGGAUUUCUUUAUUGGUGAUGAAGCGUUGGACAAACCCAACUAUGCAACCAAGUGGCCCAUCAGGCAUGGUAUAAUGGAGGACUGGGAUCUGAUGGAGAAGUUCAUGGAGCAGGUCAUUUUUAAAUACCUCCGAGCAGAGCCAGAAGAUCACAGCUUCCUGGUGACAGAGCCUCCUCUGAACACACCCGAGAACAGAGAGUAUUUAGCCGAGAUCAUGUUUGAAACCUUCAACAUUCCAGGUCUUUACAUCGCCGUCCAGGCUGUUCUGGCUCUAGCGGCCUCAUGGACGUCCAGGCAGGUCGGAGAGCGGACACUAACAGGGACCGUGAUUGACAGCGGGGACGGGGUCACGCACGUGAUACCUGUGGCGGAGGGCUACGUGAUCGGGAGCUGUAUAAAGCACAUCCCUAUAGCAGGCCGAGACAUCACCUAUUUCAUCCAGCAGCUUCUCAGAGAGAGAGAGGUCGGGAUUCCUCCUGAACAGUCGCUGGAGACCGCGAAGGCAGUAAAGGAGAGGUUCUGCUACAUCUGCCCAGAUAUUGUCAAAGAGUUCACAAAGUACGACACGGAUCCAGGGAAAUGGAUCAAGAAGUAUAAAGGCAUCAAUGCUGUCAGUAAAAACGAGUUUCAAAUAGACGUGGGAUACGAACGCUUUCUCGGACCUGAGAUUUUCUUCCAUCCGGAGUUUGCCAACCCGGACUUCAUGCAGCCCAUUUCCGAUGUUGUAGAUGAGGUCAUUCAGAGCUGUCCGAUAGACGUCAGAAGACCUCUGUAUAAGAAUAUAGUGCUCUCUGGAGGAUCCACGAUGUUCAGGGACUUCGGUCGACGGCUACAAAGGGAUCUGAAGCGUGUAGUCGAUGCCAGACUCCGUCUCAGUGAGGAGCUCAGCGGAGGCCGGAUCAAGCCUAAACCGAUGGAGGUACAGGUGAUCACGCAUCAUAUGCAGAGAUAUGCUGUCUGGUUUGGAGGGUCCAUGCUGGCCUCCACGCCUGGGUUCCUCCAAGCGUGUCACACGAAGAAAGACUACGAAGAGCACGGUCCCGGUAUCUGUCGCCAUAACCCAGUGUUCGGUAUCAUGUCCUAAAGCGGCACCGGUACUGGUAAUGAUGCAGUCUGGGAUUUAGAGCUACUUAACUUCCUAACACUUUUCCUAUUUAGUGUGAGAUUACCAGAGUAAUUAGAAGUUUUGUUCUAUACACUUCUAAAAGCACAAACACUGCAUCAACAUCAGCAACAUGUUGGUAGACAGGAUAUACACCAUACGCUGAUGACUAUUUGCUUUGCAUCAUUCUUGUGUUUGUGUGAUGGGAGAUUUAAAGUAUUGAGAUGACUUUUUUAAAAAGAUGAAGUCUUUUUGCACAAAGCUUGUUGUGCUUGUUGUUUAUAUUGAUUUGUUACAGAGAUGAUACUUUAUGAUGAAUAGUUAUAUUUAACAAUGCAUGGGUUUUAAAUGAUAUGUUCAUACAGGAGAGAAUAAAGGAUUGGAGGGAAAGUCUAUUUAAACAGUGUUUAUUUAACUAGUUAACUACAUUUAGAUGUAUAAAGAAUUCAGUCUCCUGUCUCUCUCUCUCUCUCUCUCUCUCUCUUGCUUUGAUGCCGGAGCCAAACACACACUGAUUAUCCAAAGCACUAACACCAUUGCCAUAUAGACAGAAUACCAUUAAUUAUCAAUUAAACCCCAGUAAACUGGUGACAGGAUCGGAUCAUGGGCUCCAAAGGCUCAUCCAUGCCCAUGGGGUACAGACGAUCCCACAGAAAAGCUAAUGUAGCAAAAAUUGCAAAAUACAUAAAUAAAUAAAUUGUUAAUGAUAGAAAGCCUCCAGAAUCCCUAGGGCAUCACAGUUUGUUGUGUAUGGGGCUAAGCAGGUAAAAAGUUAAAUGUUGUUGAAUGCGCCCCCAAAUUCCCCAGACCUCAUUCUGAUCCAGCAUCCCAUGGGAUGUCCAGGACAAAACAAGUCUGAUCGAUGGAGGCCCCAUCUUGCAUAUUAUACCACUUAAAGUAUUCACUGUUAAAGGUCCCCUAAAGGUCUUCUGCGAUCACACCACAAGAGGCCAGAGCUGCCCCGGUGGCACAAGGGGAACCUAAAACCUAGGGGUUAAAUGUUAAUGUCUUAAUGUUAUGGCUGAUUAGUGCAUGUACACAUAAUGGGCUUUAAUGUAAUUUGAUAUUCUUGUGUACUGUUGUCACUACGUUAAAAGAAAGGGAACGAGGUGUAGCUGAACAAUGAACCCUUUGUUACACACAGAAUUUCAAAUCCUUAUCCAGAAUGUUAAAAAGUGUCCAUUUGGCAAUUACGAAGUAAUAAACAGCUUUAGCUUCUCGAAUAAAUACUUGUAAGAAUAAAAGUAAACCCAAUUCCAGAACCUAGAAAGGUAGAUAUAGUAGGUAGGUAGAUAAAUUUGAAUAAAUUAAACGAAUUUCAUUAAAAUUCAUGAAAUGAAUUUACUAACAAUGAUAUCUUAUUCAUAAGUGUAAUGGAAAAAGAAAUGUGUUAAAUCUACUUUAAAAUCACAAUGUUUGUUUGUUCACUGUUGAAUUACAAAUACCGAAAAAUAAAAACUCACUCAUCCACAAACACAAAAGGGGAAUAUAUUUGAAUGUAGAGUGAAGUUAAAUUCUGUUGAAUUCUAUUUUAUUUGUAUAGCACUUUUAAAAAUGUUCAUUGUUGCAAAGCAGCCUCACACAAUCAAAAGAAAAUAUGGAAGUUUGUAUCAAAUGUGAACGUAUAUGAAUCAGAAUGAUCAGAUUGUCCCUGAUGAGCGAGCCAAGGAUGGAAACUUGAAAGGAACCAGACUCAACAAGGAAUCAUCCUCAUCCUCAUCUGGGUGAUAACGGAUAGCAGGGAUUGAUCUGCACUCAUACUGUGUGUUGGGAGGCUAGAAGUUCAGUCUAACAGGAGAUGUGUUUAAGUUCAUAUGGAGUCCAGUUUGUUAUUGGAGGCUCAGGUACAUGACAUACUAGACAUGUGAUACAUGUGAUAAUGGAUAAGUUUAA